GACGUCAUCUCAUUGUGGCGUUAGAUAGCAACGGAUACAUAAUGGCACUAAUGCUUUUCGACAAUAUAUUCUGCCAUAAAUCGAUAUUUCUUGUUCUUUUUGCCACCUUUAUAAUGAUUCCAAAUAUUUCCAGUGGAUCUAUUUGUCUGCACAAUACUUGGCUACUCAACGAAUUAGAAGACAUAUUCAUGAAGUUUAAAAACAUUCUUGUGGUCUUAUUGUUGAUGGUUUUUACUCGUGUUCGGGACUUUUUCCAGCAUGGAGCAGGAAGUGAAAGUGGAGAAACCGUGGUGAUUCUGUUAUUUACAGUCUUUGGUUGGGUUAUUAAGAGACUUAUAACACUGGGCUUUAAUAUCCGACGACGGAUUGCCAUCAAAACCAUGAUGAUGGUCAAGAAAGCAAACCGAGGAGCCAAACUUCGAAAGCUGCAGAACUCGGAGUUCCCUUACGACGAGAAUAACCCGAAGAAGAAAAAGCGCUGUAACAGAACUUCCAGGAAUCGCCAACGAGAGCCAUUGUUAAUACUGCUCAACAACAGUCCAAUCCCAACCUCGAACAGAUUUCAAAUCCUUCAGUGUUUAUGAAUCAAACCAUGCGUACAUGAAUGUGUGUGUGUGUAUGAGUGUGAGUGAGUGUGUGUGUGUGUGUGUGUGUGUGGAGAGAGAGAGAGAGAGAGAGAGAGAGAGAGAGAGGUGUUUGGUAGUG